GGAACUAAAAUGUAACAGUUUACGCCAUCUCCAUAUACGGUACGAAUUGGUUUGAUUCAGACUUGUUGGAUGAUCAGCUGUGUUUUGAAAACUUACGAAACAUAUUCAAGAAACAAAAAUUGAAUUUUACAUCGAAAAGUACUGGUUAAUUUUCAAACAAAAUGACUACGGCCGCGAGACCCACGUUUGAACCUGCUAGAGGAGGACAAGGACGUGGUGAAAAAGAUUUAAGUGCAAUCUCAAAACAAUACAGCAGCAGAGAUUUACCGUCUCAUACAAAAUUGAAAUACAGGGAACAUGGACAAGGAACAAUCGAGGAAUUGCGAAACCGUGAUUUUCGCAAGGAAUUAGAGGACCGUGAACGUGAGAGGGAAAAGGAUAAAAGUUCUAACCGCCGUAUGAUAGAACCACCUAGAGAAACGUCCACGACAAGUGCUGCUAAAAGGCAGAAAAUUGAUCAAGUACCUACAGCAAGUUUAGAUGCAGAUGAUCCUCUUGACGACGAUGAUUCAGAGUCAGAAAGUGACGAAGAUGAUACUGCUGCUCUUUUAGCUGAAUUGCAACGUAUUAAGAAAGAGAGAGCAGCGGAGCAAGCUAAGAAGGAAAUGGAGAAAAGACAGGAAGAGGAAAGAAUAAGAAUGGAGAACAUACUUUCUGGAAAUCCUUUAUUAAGUUAUUCUUCUCAAAGUGGAAGAACAGAUAUGAAAGUCAGACGAAGAUGGGAUGACGAUGUUGUAUUCAAGAACUGUGCUCGUUCGGAACCGAAAAAGAAGCACGAUGUGUUCAUAAACGACUCGUUACGAAGUGAAUUCCAUCGUAAAUUUAUGGAAAAAUACGUUAAGUGAACGAACUACCGUAAGAAGUAUAUCGUACUGUAUAUAGUUUUAAGAUAAUGUUAUCAUACUAUUUAUAAAUGUCUCGUACUCCAGACUGCAAUCGAUGAUGCUGAUAGUUAUUCCAAAAUUUCGGAAAUCUUACAAAUUUAACAUCCAUAAACAUUAAUUUCAUACACAUGUGUUAUUAAGUCAUACACUUGAUUUCAUAUAUUCACAUACAUCUACGAAUAUUCGAUUACGAAAUUCAUCGUAUGAAAAUAUGAACAACUAAGGCAACCGUAUCGUUCGAGUUUAAAAACAGAAGGUAUCAUAUUAGGCUCUUUUAUCAUUUUCUUUCGAUUCUGAGAUCCAACUAAAUUCGAUGCUGGCGAUUCAUCUCUAGGAGGACACUCUAAUAACUUCACAAAAAAAUCAUUGAAUUCUUUGUAUGCAAAAAUAAGCGUACAGAUAUUCAGAGUGAGAGGGAGGGGGAGAGAGUGAAAGAUAAAGAAAAAGAGAGAGAGAGAGCAGGGUGUGCCAGAGUGGGGUGAAGCGGAUUGAGGUAGCGUGUAUCGGUCCGACGGAGAUCGUUGAUCGUGCGAGAGAGAAAAAGAUAGAAAAGAGAGAAAGCUGGAAGAAUAGAG